CUUGAAACGAGCGACUAUUGUACGGUCGACAAAAGUUUAACCAUAACUAAAAACGUGAGAAGGGUGCAUUUUUUGAACAUCUCCACUACUUAUAAAAUAUUGUUUUAAACUUAAUGUCAACGAAGAAUAACUGUAUAAACAGAUCGGAUACCUAAUUAUUAUAAAUUGUGUUGUAUUUUGAUUUUGGUAAAAAUAAUACUAGCUUAGCCUAGCCUAGCCUAGCCUAGGUAUCUAUAAUUUAGUUUGUGUAUCUCAAGAUCAGUUGACAUUACAGAUUGAAACUCGACAGUCAGCGACUUGUAUAUGAGAGUCAGUGCGAACUUAAAAAAGAAAUUAGAUUAAAUUAAGUUACUACUCGCAAUUAUUAAACGGUUGUGGAAAGAAGAAAAUAUUUUAAAUUAAAAGUUUUCGCGAAUUUUCAAUUCAAACAAAAGCCUGAAUAAAACUUACAUACGAGUAUAUCUAAAGUUCAAAUUGAAUUAUUGUCAAAAAUGACAAACGUUCAAGAUGUUAAAGUUCGGUUGCAGAAAUUCGGUUGGGCUGAUUAUAUGGUUUUUGUGUCGAUGCUCUUAAGCUGUGCUCUAAUUGGUGUAUAUUUCGCUUUGAAAAUGAGACGUGAGGGGAAGAAGAGAAAAAAUGAAAAUAACAAAGAUGCUGAGGAUAGUUAUUUAGUUGGAGGAAGGAAUAUGAAAAUGAUUCCCAUAUCAAUGUCACUGAUAUCAAGCUUCAUUUCGGGCAUUACACUGCUAGGAACACCCACGGAAAUUUAUCUGUAUGGAAUCCAAUAUAUGUACGUGGUCGUCUCAAUUCUUUUUAUGGGAGGUGCAAUGUACUAUAUUUAUCUUCCGGUGUUCCACGAAUUGAAACUUAUUUCAACGUACCAGUAUCUCGAGACCCGCUUUGACCAGAGAAUUCGGCUUUUUGGUUCAAUACUUUUUGCCUGUGGAUCGUUGAUGUGGCUUCCAAUUGUGAUCUACGUCCCAGCAUUGGCAUUCAAUCAAGCUACGGGAAUCAAUAUUCACUGGGUUACACCUGUUGUUUGCUUGGUUUGCAUUUUCUACACAUGUGUGGGUGGCUUACAAGCAGUUGUUUGGACAGAUGUGGUUCAAGCAUUCUUGAUGUUUGGUGCAAUGAUUUUGAUAAUAGUCAAAGGAACUAUGGAUAUUGGAGGUCCAUCAGUGGUUUGGGAACGUGCUGUGAGUAGCGGACGAAUCGAAUCUCCCAACUGGACGUUUGAUCUACGAGAACGACACACAAUGUACUCUCUGAUUUUGGGAGGGAUCCCACACUGGCUAAAAUCAAAUGCCGUGAAUCAAAACAUGAUUCAAAGGUACUUGUCCCUUCCGAGUCUGAGAAUUGCUCGUCAAGCAUUAUGGGUCUUCAUACUGGGUGUCUUCCUCCUUCUGGGUAUUUGUUGCUAUAGUGGACUGCUCAUCUAUGCAACGUACAGUGACUGUGACCCCUUGACAACAAAGCUAGCAAGCCGAAAAGACCAACUUCUACCUUUAUUGGUGAUGGAAACACUUGGAGACUUUCCUGGACUUCCCGGACUAUUUGUGGCUGGCGUAUUCAGUGCGGCAUUGAGUUCCCUAUCUACCGGGCUAAACUCAAUGUCUGCUGUUGUCCUUGAAGACUUUUUCAAGUCCUUUUGUAAAAAACCACUAACGGAACGUCAAACAGCUUUUAUUAUGCGUGGUGUUGUUGUCGUUUUUGGUGCCUUAUGCGUUGCUCUUGUUUUUGUGGUGGAAAAACUUGGAACAGUACUUCAAUUGUCAAUGAGUUUGGCAGCAGUUUCAAAUGGUCCUCUACUGGGCAUAUUCACGAUGGCAGUUUUGCUUCCCUGGGUUGAGGGAAGAGGUGCGAUAAUUGGAGGAACAACAGGUCUGGCAAUCAUGUCGUGGUUAGUUGUGAAGGCACAAGCAGCCAUUGCCACCGGAGAGCUGAGUUUUAUAACAAAACCACUAACAACAAGCGGUUGUAGUUACACAUUCUUCACGGAGAGUUCAAUGAGUAUGCUGGCUAUUAACGCAACUAUAGAGCAGUCAACAGCGAUUCCUCCAGUCGAUGAGUCUUUUAAGCUGUAUCACAUUUCAUAUUUUUUCUAUACAAUGCUUGGAGCAGUGAUAACAAUGGUAGUUGGGCUUUUAACUUCUCUUAUUCUGGGUCCGAAUAAACCCAGUGACGUCGACCCGAAGCUGUUGGCUCCUUUUGUGAGAGGGAUGAUUGGGAGAGGAAAAAGCGAAAAACGCAGUCAAGGAUCUGACCUGUAGUCGAGAAUAAUUUGAAAAUUAUUGAGAACUUCGAAUUUAAAUCUAUUUUUGAUUAUCGUUCAAAAAAUAAGUACAAGUACAUUUUUAUUUAAGUGGUGACUAUUAUUUGAUUAAUUUAAAAUUUUAUGAUUGUAAAUUGUUCGUGUUUUUAUAUGAAAAAAUAAGCAAAUCUGCAA